AGGGAUCGGCAGGCCACAGGACUCCUGCCUGCCUGCCUGCCUGCCUGCCUGCCUGCCUGUCUUCAAUCAGGAGCUACCCCUAUCCACAGAAGGAAGCGGGUGGAUAUAGCUGAACCUGUUCUCUUUUUCUCCUCCAUUUUCACCUUUUCUCUCUCUAGCCACACUGGAGAGAGAAAGAGGAGUGAGGCUGUAUUUGUUUUUCUUUCUGUCCGUUUUUUUCCCCCAUUGUUACUUUGGUUGCUAAUAUUGAAAGUGGCUUCAGGAUAUUUACUGAGUGGAAGAGGAGCCCAUUGCCACUGAAUGCAGCAUGGGGUCUGAUGACUCGUACAAUUUUGUCUUUAAAGUGGUUUUGAUAGGGGAGUCUGGCGUAGGAAAAAGCAACCUUCUCUCUCGCUUCACCAAGAAUGAGUUCAGUCACGACAGUCGUACAACCAUCGGUGUGGAGUUCAGCACGCGGACCGUUCAGCUUGACAACUUCAUCAUCAAAGCUCAAAUCUGGGACACAGCGGGGCUGGAGCGCUACAGGGCUAUCACCUCAGCGUAUUACAGGGGAGCAGUUGGAGCACUGUUGGUCUAUGACAUUAGCAAGCACCUGACCUAUGAGAGCGCAGAGCGAUGGCUGAAAGAGCUGUAUGACCAUGCCGACCCUCACAUCGUGGUCAUGCUGGUGGGAAAUAAGAGAGACCUGGACACCCUCAGGACUGUGCCCACAGAGGAAGCCAAGGACUUUGCAGAGAAGAGAGGUCUUAUGUUUAUGGAAACAUCAGCGCUGGACUCCACAAAUGUCGAAGCCGCUUUCAAUGAAGUCCUCACUGCCAUCCAGAAGAAGGUGUCUAGCAGAGAGGUGACCCGUGGCUCCAUUAGUGCUGUAACUCUAUCCAGCCCCGUCGGACCGACCAGCGAGGCACAAGAGGAGCGCAGAGGCUGCUGCAAGAGCUCCUAACAGACUGCAGCCCCCAUAAGGAUCUGGUGUGUCCAUGUUGAGGCAACAUCACGCUUGACUGUCGUUCAAGCUUAAGCAUGAAAUCAUUCACACACAAUUUGAAGAGCAGGGUACCUGCUAGACACGUGAGGAGUUAAUGUACAGUCAUCCUUAAAUAUAAAAGAUGUACAGUAUAUAACUCCAAAACAACAGAUUCAGAGAAAGUCUAAAAUUGUUUUAAUACACUAUAUUUCUUGUGGUGGCUGAUGGGUGCUUCUACUGUAGACAGCUGUGCAAUUGGUUUUCCCUCUUCUCAUCUUCAUAUUUUUCAAUAGGAGUUGUAAAGUUGUACUGGGUUUAUACAGGAAUGCACUGGGAUUAACUUGUAAUAAAUUAUUUAUGUUAUUCUGUCGUCAUGUAAUUACAACAAAAAACAUGAAUAUAUUAUCAUUGUUAAACAGAUAAUCCAAACUAAAUAAGAAAAUAAGAGAG